UGGUAUCAUUAGACAAGUGUCGAACGGCGCGUGCGCAACGGAGUCUUGGAGGAGCAGUUAGCCACCAGAGAGCAGUGAACACCACAAGCAGGCAGCCACAACAUGAAGUGCUUCUUUAUCCUGAUAGCGACCAGUCUGGUGCUGAGUGCCUGGGCUCAGGACGCGGCGGAGUCUGACCUGGAGCAGGUGGCAUCGGCAUCGGCACCGGAGGCGGUGGCCGUCGAGGAUCAGGUGAGCGCCGCCAGCAGCUAUGCGCCGCUGCAGGAUAAGAAGCAGGAGAAGCGCUAUGUUGGUGGAUACGGUGGCUACGGAGCGGGAUACGGCGCCGGAUACGGGGGCUACGGGGCAGGAUAUGGCGGUGGAUACGGCGCAGGAUACGGCGCAGGAUACGGCGGCUAUGGCUCUGGCCUGGCAGCCGGCUACGGAGGAGCGUACGGCAGUGGCGUUGGCGUUGGAGUGGACAGCUACUACAAUCCGUACAGCUCGCGAGCUCUGGGUGGAUUAGGUGAGGAUGGUGCUGCAGUGGCCGGCUAUGGAGGCUAUGGAUCCGCUCUCGGUGGCUAUGGAUCCGCUCUGGGCGGCUAUGGCUCAGCCCUGGGUGGCUAUGGAUCGGGACUGGGCGGGUAUGGCGGCUCCUACAAUUCGAAUCCCUAUGCCCUGUCCUACUACAAUAGCAGGCUGGGCGCUGGAACCGGCACGGGUUACCCGUACUACAACACCCGUUUCGGUGCCGGUGGCUAUCCGUCCAGCUACUACACGAGCAACUACGGCAACAGCGUGGUGGGCGGCGGCUUGGGCGCCCUGGGCGGAGUGCCGCCCAUCGGAUCGGGCUAUAAUUACGGUUCCGGAAUCUCGGGAACCGUCUACUAGACAGCCGCACAACCCAACGUUCAAGAUCUAAGCUAGUGGAAUUUAUUUUUUUUCAUCGAUAUUUUUAUCUAACUUUAUUUUUAUUAAAAGAUGCUAUUAAACUCAGAGCCGUCAAUUGGCUAGAAAGUA